AUGCUCAGUUCGGUGUGUGUAUCCUCUUUCAAAGGGCGCAAGGGUGGGAACAAGUCGUCCAACAAAGCAUGUUACAGCGCAGACAUGACUUGUCCGUCGGAAAGCGAGAAAAUCGUGAUAAACUGCGGCGGGGUGCGCCAUGAGACGUACCGGAGCACCCUGAAGACCCUGCCCGGCACCCGCUUGUCGUGGCUGACCGAGCCGGACGCCUUCAGCAACUUCGACUACGACCCCAAAUUGGACGAGUUCUUCUUUGACCGCCACCCGUCCGUCUUCUCCUUCAUCCUCAACUACUACCGCACGGGCAAGCUGCACUGUCCCAACGACGUGUGCGGCCCCCUGUUCGAGGAGGAGCUCGCCUUCUGGGGCAUCGACGAGACCGACGUGGAGGCGUGCUGCUGGAUGAACUACCGCCAGCAUCGGGACGCCGAGGAGGCGCUGGACAGCUUCGAGACCCCCGAGCCGGACGCGCCCGACGACGACCCGGCCCUGGGGGGCGCCGACGGGGACCUGAAAAGAUUGUGCAUGCAGGAGGACGCCCGGAGGGCUGGCUGGUGGAAAACCUGGCAGCCCAAAAUAUGGGCGCUCUUCGAGGACCCCUACUCGUCCAAAUACGCCCGGUAUGUGGCGUUUGGCUCCCUCUUCUUCAUCCUCAUCUCCAUCUCCACUUUCUGCAUGGAGACGCACGAGGCCUUCAACACCAUCCUCAACAAGACCGAGAACGUGACGAAUGGCAACACCACGCGCGAGGAGAUCGUCUACGAGGUGGUGACCGACAGCUGGCUGACGUACGUGGAGGGCGUGUGCGUCAUCUGGUUCACCAUCGAGGUCCUCCUGCGAGUCAUCUUCUGCCCCGACAAGGUCGAGUUCUUCAAAAGCACGCUGAACAUCAUCGACUUUGUGGCCAUCCUGCCCUUCUACCUGGAGGUGGGCUUGAGCGGUCUCUCCUCCAAAGCCGCCAAGGAUGUCCUGGGAUUCCUCCGCGUGGUGCGAUUCGUCCGCAUCCUCCGGAUCUUCAAGCUGACCCGUCACUUCGUGGGUCUGCGAGUCCUCGGCCACACCCUCCGCGCUAGCACCAACGAGUUCCUCCUGCUCAUCAUCUUCUUAGCCCUCGGCGUCCUCAUCUUCGCCACGAUGAUCUACUACGCCGAGAGGAUCGGCGCGCACCCGGACGACCCGGCGGCCAACGCCCACACCAACUUCAAGAAUAUCCCCAUCGGUUUCUGGUGGGCCGUGGUGACCAUGACCACGUUGGGCUACGGAGAUAUGUACCCGGAGACGUGGUCGGGGAUGCUGGUGGGGGCUCUGUGCGCCUUGGCCGGCGUGCUGACCAUCGCUAUGCCCGUCCCGGUCAUCGUCAACAACUUCGGCAUGUACUACUCUCUGGCCAUGGCCAAACAAAAGUUGCCCAAAAAGAAGAACAAACACAUACCGAGGGCGCCUCAGCCGGGCUCGCCCAACUACUGCAAGCCAGACGCCCUGGCCAUGGCUACAGCCUCGCCGCAAAGGCUCUUGGGAAAUGUCCUAGGUGGAGUGAUGGGCUCCGGAGGCCUAGGGGGCGACUGUCCCCUUGCCCAAGAAGAAAUUAUAGAGAUCAACAGAGAUUCCAAGCAGAACGGCGACGCGGCCUCGGCCGCCCUGGCCAACGAAGACUGCCCCACCAUCGACCAGGUGCUGAGCCCGGACGAGAGGAGCCCCAUCGGGCGGGUUCCGACCCGGGAACGCUACCAGCAGGACCGCGCCUGCUUCCUGCUUAACACCAGGGAAUUCCGAGCCACAGAUGGAAACGUGCGGAAAGGUUGUGUCAUAUCACGCGUGUCGACAAGCUACGAGAAAUCUCGCAGUCUGACGAACGUAACGGGGCUGUCUGGCUCGUCUCUUCGGCUCGCCCCCGUCACGAGCCCACCUUUCGAAAGCUACGAGGCGCCGGGCCCGUUACGCCGGUGCCGUUCCCCCAUCCCCUCCAUUUUGUAG